AUGGCGAUAUCGGAGCCCUCCAGAGCAAUUACUUCAAGCGCCAAAGAUGCAGCUCAGUCUUCAAAUUGCUCAGAGGAGCUUUCCAUGGGAAAGCGAUCAAGCAUUUCCUCUGACACGAAAGUCCCAGCGCUUCCCGUUUCCCUCGAAGUUAAGGAAGCCAAAGAAGCUGGCUACCAGGAAGAUUCGGCCAUCGAGUACCCAAGAGGCAUUCGACUAGCCCUUAUUAUCCUGGGCCUUGCUAUGGCUGUAUUCUUGGUGUUUUUGGACAUGACUCUGAUUGCAACGGCCAUUCCUGCAAUCACAAAUCAAUUCAACUCACUUCAGCACGUGGGAUGGUACGGUUCCGCGUACAUGUUGAGCCUUUGUUCAUUUCAACUAGUCUACGGUAAAUGCUACGAGCUGUUCUCUUUGAAGUUGACAUUCAUGGUGGCCAUCGCCUUCCGAGAGGUCGGUCUAGCGGUUUGCGGAAGCGCACCCAACUCUAUUGCCUUCAUCAUCGGUCGUGCCAUUACCGGCAUCGGCUGCAGUGGCAUCAUCAUAGGUCCGAACUUUCAUUCUCUCUGA